AUGAAUGCUGCGCUGCAAAAUACAGAAACUCACCGUAAAGUGGCAUCCAGAUUGAACGAUGAUUACGAUGGCGGUUAUGGGGAUAAUGAUCACAGGAGCCAUAAAUGUGCGUAUUUAAACCUUGCCAAACUGUUUGAAAUGAAGGAGCAGCAGAGUACACAAAAUAUGCUUACCAUAGAACCAGGAUACUGCAAUUACUUGAAACAAGCUGCCGAUGAGAAGCGAAGCGCCAGCCACAUAUCGGUCCAUCAAAUUGAAUACGUACAUUCCACCCUAAGCACAUUCCGUAUGUGA